AUGGCCGGCCUCUGCUCCGUCGGAGGCCUCAUCGGAUUUGCCAAGACCCGAUCCAUCCCUUCGCUCGUUGCAGGCGUCGGUGUCGGUGCCCUCUACGCCCUCGCCGCCACUCGCAUCAAGAACGGCGGCGAUUACGGCUACGAGAUCGCUACGGGCGCCAGCGCACUUUUGAUGGGAAGCUCAGCUCCCAGGUUCCGAAAAGGUCCCGUGCCGAUGGGAUUGACGCUUACCUCUGCGUUGGCGCUGGCAUACUAUGGAAAGAAGGUGUACGACUUCCGACAGUAA